CUUAUCGACGAAUAACUUUUCUAGUGGAGAUUUUUCCAUAUAAAAUUUUUAUGCGUGAUGAGUAAAUUUUUUUAUUAUAUUUAUCUGUGGAGUCAAUUAUGUUGUUUAUUAAAACACUCCUCCCUCGACUCUGAAAGAAGGCAUCUAUACAUUCAGCUUGCUUCCUUAUUUAUAUUCUCCCUGUCUAGCAAAGGUAAGCAGAAAGCCAAAAACCAGGUGGUCACAUAGAGACGGAGAAAUGAGGAGCAUGAAAGGAGAGGUGUCAUUGAACCUGCCCGCCGAGAAAGCAUGGCAGAUGUACAGAGACAACGAGGUUAUCAGUAAAAUCAAUCCUGAGCUGCUUUCUCGAGCUGAAUAUGUUCAAGGAGAUGGCGGCCCUGGAACUCUCAGGCUCUUCAAGCUUGGCCCUGCCUUGAGAAGCUACGUGGGGGAGUCGGUGGAGAAGAUAGAGAAGGUGGAGACAGGUCGAUCAGUGAGCUACGACGUGGUGGGAGGAGAGCUAAUGAAGAUGUAUAAUCCAUACAAAGUGACCUUCACGUUCACUCCCGUGGAAGGAAAAGAGACGGAAAUGUGCACCGCUCAGUGGCAAGCUGAAUACGAGCCACUGUCUCCCACCAUCCCUCCACCGGACAAGGCUAGGGAUGCUGCCUUGCGGUUCCUCCAGUGCUUUGACAAGUUUGACCUCAGCUUCUAGAGCCCUCAACACAAUCCUUCCUCUAUAUUUCAGUGUAUGGAAUAAGUUUGGAAAGGGUAGAGCAGUCCAUGCUCUCUCUCUCUCUCUCUCUCUCUCUCUCUCUCUCUCUCUGUCUUGUGAAAAUCUAGUUGGGUCAUGUCAAUCCUGUGUGAGAAACUUCUCUAGUUCUGGAUUAGGUGCCAUCUCUGAAUUUAUGUAUGUGAUGUUAACGAAGUGCAAAGCCCAACGGGGAAGUCAAGAACAGUUGGGUGACUUUUAGGCAC